GCGCCCCUCUUGCAACCAUGCACCUGCUCCCCUACCGUUUAACCCGUGCAUUUGCAACGCCGAGAGCGUCGGCUUUUGGCGUCGCUCAUUUGGCGGGCCUCCCGUCCGUGCGUCCCGUUAUCCCGGGGAAGCAGGAGGAGGAGGAGGAGGAGGAAGGAGAGAGGGGAAUCUCCGCCGCCAGGCAGGAUGUCCUGCUGCUGCUGCUGUUGCUAAGCAGGGCGAGGAGGGGAAUCGUGCAAGAUGUCGCUGCUGCUGCGCCUUGGCUGGAGGUGAGCGCGCCGCGGAGGAGCGAGUCCUCGGUGCGCCCCGGCGAUGUUCCCCGCCGCCCGCGAGGCCGCGCCGCCGGCCGGACCCCCCCAGAGCCCGGAGACGCCUCUGACGCCGACGCCUCCGACGACGCCGGGGGUCUGCUGCCCUGCCUUGGCCGAGCUGAGCGACGCCGAGCUGGGCGUGUGCAGCAAGGAGGAGCUGGUGCGCCGCUUGCGCCACGAGGAGGCCGAGAAGCUGGCGGCGCUGGUGCAGCGCGGCCGGCUGAUCCAGGGCGUCAACCGGCAGCUGCAGGAGCACCUCCGCGAGAUCCGCGAGCUGAAGGCCGUCAACGGGCGCCUGCAGACCGAGAACCGCGAGCUGCGCGACCUGUGCUGCUUCCUCGACGAGGACCGCCUGAAGGCCAAGCGCCUGGCGCGCCACUGGCAGCUCUUCGGGCACCACGCGGCGCAGGUGCUGCGCGACGAGGUGGCCGCCUGCCUGCGCAAGCUGGCCGGCCUCGAGGGCCUCCAGGAGCGCCUGGCCAAGGACAACCUGGAGCUCAAGGAGCUCUGCCUGGCCCUGGAGGAGGAGUGCGCCUCCGCCCGGCCCGACGCCAGCCCUAGCCCCGGUGGAGGCUCCUCCGAGCUCAACCUGCCCUGCGGGCCCCGCGACUUAGGCGACGGCAGCUCCAGCACCGGCAGCGUCGGCAGCCCCGACCAGCUGCACCCCGCCUGCACCCCCGACGACUGAACCCGCCGCCCAGCCCAGCCCAGCCCAGCCGUCGCGGGGUGUGUGUGUGUGGUGGACGCGCCGCCCGGCCCGUCGACUCUUCAUCCAGUACAGAGCGCACGGCCUUCCUCGCCUUCUCUUCCCCCCUCCCCAGCCCCUGUCGCUGAAGAUUUCACGCCUCAGGGAGACGAGAACCCGCCGGUCCCCCCACAUCCCAAAGCAGGGCAACGGCGGAUGCAUUUAAUUUAUUGCCACCGUUCCCCCCCCCCCCGUUUUCUUAAAAAGUGGUUUCUUUGUGGUCCAUGCUGCAUUGGUGAACGCAGCAAGCUUUGACAUCACACAGAGCUCUUGUUUUUUUUCCAAAAAAAUAUAAAGCCAUAACUCUGGCCAGUGUACAGAGCUUUUGGAUUGAUUACAAGGAGGUGUUUUGUUUUUUAAAUAAAGCCAUAAAAUAUCGUUGGAGGGCCCCUCCCACCCCCAUCUUGCCACCCCCAUGGCUGACAUCCCAACACUCCCCUGAAGAAACAGGGACUUCUAAAUCGUCCCAAUGGAAAUGGGGCCAUUGUUCCAAUCUAGCAAAGUCGGGUACAGCAAGGGUCCCUCUGCUGUGACAUUCCAGCUUUACCGGAGUGAGACGUUUAUAUGUCAUGAACCAUUUUGGUAAGGAAGGGUGUGGGGAGGUAGCAUGCUUUUGGAUGGGCGUCCCCAUUUCCAUGGCUGCACUUGCAGUAUUUAGAAAUGGGGCGCUGCUUCUGGCAGUGGACUUCCCCUCUUGAAAGGAGGGGUGUGGGCGAGGUGCCUCUCUCUCCCUGCCCUGGAAAAAUCUUCCAUUGUGUGCUACUUCUCGUUGUGCAGCAAUAAAACUGCUAGCCCAUUUGCAAAGCUAAGCAGGGUCCGGUGUGGUUUCAAAUUGGGUUUCUUGCAUUGCAGGGGAUUGGACUAGAUGACUGGGGGGUCCCUUCCAACUCUCACGAUUCUGUGUGUACACGGGGUUGGAGGGGGGUAGGGGAAAGCAACAGCGAUGAUAAUUUGGUUCUGGCUGCUUCGAAGGGGGUGUUGUUUGGGGACAAAGCAGUGAUGCUUUUGUGGCGUCUGAAUUUGGCUGGAGUGCUUAGGAAGGCGGGUUCCUUGUGCAUGAGGGGAUGAGAGAGUCAGGGCACACUGCAGGAUUUUUCAGACACCCCCCCCCUUUUGCAUGCUUCUGUUCCCGCUCCUCUCAUUUAUUGAAAUUGGAAAGGAACCCAGAGGCUCUGUUUACUGGAACUGCCUGGAGGGAACAGCACCAUCCCUUGAAAACAACUGCCCCUCGAAAACUAUUUGGGAACCUCAUAUUGGAGCACGAUCCUCGAGGAUGCAACUCUCUCUCUUUGGAGGGUAGGACCCCCAAAAGGAACGGUUAUCCUGUUUUUGAAAAUGCGCCCUUCUCCUGCUCCAUAGGAGAAAAACAGGGAUCGUGGGGGGAGUGGGGAGUUGGUUGCUGGGUGCCCGAGCCAAUGACUCCCCGUAACUUGAAAGUGAACUUCUGAAUAGCAAUAGAUUCCAUGAUUCAGUUUCGACUGAGAACAUGCUUACACGUGGUGGUCCUUGGAACUCUCCUCCACUUGAAACACUAGGCCCUUGGUGGCAGGAUAUAUGCUGGAAUGGUGGAGGAUAUUUAAACCUUUCCGCGAGGGGCUGCUGCGAUGGUCCCCCGUGCAGAGGGGAUGAGAAAUUAUUGGGAUGCUGCUCUUUGUUGGAGAAAUGGUGGUGAAAGCAGCAAGCUUCCACCAUGCACACAACUCUGUGUAGCGCGAGAGACCUGGAAGAAACGUCUGCUUCUGUUGAUUGUUUUCUUUUUGUCAACAUCCUGGGACAACAGGACACAGAGGCUUGGGGAAAGGCAUCCAUGCCCCCCCCCCAAACCAGGUCCCCUUGCUCCAUCUCCUUUCCAGGGUGUAGCAAAUGGUGUGGAGGAUAUCCAUUUAAUGAUGUCAAUGUUUGUAACCCUAAGAAUGGAAAGGAGACACACACACACCCUCCCGCCCUGAGAAGAAACCGAGGACUUGAGCAAUCUCCUCUUUCUUUCAGGGUGCUAAUAAAUGUAUUAAAUUGUCACUUUUGGAGAGGGCUUCA